AUGUCGCAGUGGCAUUGUUACCUAAAGAUUGCCUACUAUUUGGCUUUAAUUGGUUAUCAUAUAUCAGAUAUUGUUUUUGAUUGGAUCGAAUUCGGAUCUGAAGUAUGCGACCAAGGGAAAUUUGCAGGAGUUCCAACCAACAGCACCGCUGUCAAACGCAUACUUGGUUUGAGUUGCGGUGUUGGGUCCCUUUGUAGUUUGGCCAUGGUCGUAGUGUAUUUGUAUUACAUCGAUUUUCAUUGGAAAUGUAGCCAAAACUCGGGUUACUGUCUGAUCAACAACGCUCGGUUAACAAGAGACGGACUGCUUAAUUGUAGUGAUGAUAAUCAAACUAGAGCUCCGGUUUGCAACCGCCAUUUUGUUUUGGUAGAACUGGUAAUCUCGAACUUCGAGCUGUAUUUGAAAGACGACAUACAGAGUGUAUUGCUCAUAUACAUGUACGGUGUUUCGCAAAAAGACCCGUCUUCGGUAAUCCAACUCGACUGGCGUGGUAUCCUUUUUGCAGUUUGCAGUAUUGUGGCCAAUUUGAAGUUGUGCGUUUGCUUUACAACAAAACUAUUUGGCCUAGGAAGUGGUGAGAAAAUGCCAGAAUGCGAGAGUACGAAACAUUGUUGCUGUCUAUUCGGUAUGAUUGGUUCCAUCAUCUUCGAAAUUCUAAGCAUAUUGUACCUGGCACUUGCCCUGUCUGACUUGUUGACUUCCUGA